UAAGAUUAAAAUUUUGCAGGUGCUUAAUGCUGCAAUGCUAUACUGGCCGAUGCCUAAUGCAUUAUACGUUGAAGGUUAUGCUCUUGACCGUUUUGCAGAAGGGUUGUGGGCGUUACAGCCCGUUCACCAAAACAGGGUGGGAUUAGUUCUUGAUGCAGGAAUAGAGGAGGAACUCCGGGUUCGCCAGUUACAAGUAGCUGAUGCUGCAAGGGCUUCCCUUGGAUUACCUGUCGUGGAAUAUACUGUCACAGACACUCCGUUGAAGGUAGAGAAGUGGGAGGAUCCAGAAACUGGCCAAUCAACUGGGAGGAUUAAGCACCCUGAUUCUUUACUUAGAGCUGUGAAUACAUUAGUGAAGAGGUCGAAAGUGAAUGCCAUUGCUAUUGUUGGACGUUUCCCAGAUGAUGAAAUUGAUGAUGUAGAUGACUAUCGGCAGGGAAUGGGAAUAGACCUAUUAGCGGGAGUUGAGGCAGUCAUAAGUCAUCAAGUAGUGAAGGAGUUCCAAAUUCCUUGUGCACAUGCUCCUGCAAUGUCUCCACUUCCAAUGAGCCUAUCUCUUAGUCCGAAAUCAGCAGCUGAGGAGAUUGGGUACACUUUCCUACCAUGUGUGCUUGCUGGCUUAAGUAAUGCUCCGCAAUACUUGGUCAUGGACUCCAAAUCCUUCGAUAAAGGUUGCAUAAUGGCAAAUGAUGUGGAUUCCGUAAUCCUUCCCAAAGAUGCUUGCGGAGGGGAUGCAUGUCUUGCUUUUGCUAGAAAUAAAAGCAAAAAGCCACUUAUAAUUACUGUGGAAGAAAACGAAACUGUUCUUAAUGAUACUGCAAACAAACUUGGUCUUGAAGUGCUGCAUGUAUCAAAUUAUUGGGAGGCCGUUGGAGUUAUUGCAGCUCACAAGGCAGGGAUAGAUCCAUUUUCACUUAGACGUGAUAAAAUUCUCAAUAUCGGGUGCAGUUCCUUCAUGUCUGUCAAUGGUCACUCCAUUCCAAGAUAAAGAAUGGUUUCCUGAUUAACAUAUGGUCUAGUUCACAGGUAUCUAUAGAGAGAGACAAUUUUGUUUGAAUCAAUAGACUUAUAACCAUUCACAGUAUAAUACACGGCUAGCAUUCCCAAUGAAGACAUUUUCCUGAUUAACAUUGGAGAGUUAAUGAUAAUAUAUUGCUAUUGUUAUUAAUCACUGGAGGCAAUAGUGUAUUUGGAUUCUUGUAUAGCCAAAUGUAUAUUUGAUUCACACAUUUAGGUCCACUAAAUUUACCUCGGUCAGUGUACUUAAAAGUUUGGUUUUUUUAUGCCUAUA